GGACCAUAGAAUAUGUGACUGACAAUUUAAUUGACCCUGGUUAUUUGACCAAUCAGAAGACAAACACCCACCUCCGUAAUUGUAUAAAUUAUUAAAUCACAAGAAAUUACUGAUCUGAACGUGUUAUUCGCUGACGCUAAACGGUAAUCUCUGAAGCAAUAUGCCUUUCACUCCAGCAAAAGUAGAAAAGUGCGUGCGUUGCGAUAAAUCGGUUUACGCCGCUGAAAGAAUGGAAGCCGGUGGAAAUAUUUGGCACAAACGUUGUUUCUGUUGUUCAAAAUGUGAUAUGCUGCUGAAUUUAAACAAUUAUAAACAGAGUGAUCGAAUUCUCUAUUGUACAAAACAUUUUCAAGCGGAGGUUUUGGCUAAAAAUACUCAAACUCCAAUCUAAUUUCUAAAGUUGAGAAAAAAAAAAGAUGGGCACGGUUACUCAAUCCUCCUCCUUAUUUGACCUCAAAACAACAACGUUCGAACCGUGAAAUUUGCUUUUUGUUUUUAUUAUUAUUAUUGUUAUUAUUACUAGUAAAUUAUAACCCAUUAGAGACGUAUAACUUUUAGUCAGUUAUUAUAUAGUCUUUUUAUAGAUGUACUACUCCAUUUUCUGUUUUUCAAAUUCUUCUAAAUUACAUUUUUUUUAUUGGUAUUUUCUUUUCGUCAAAUCCAUUUCUAGUUGAUAUUUCUUUAUCGAUUAGCCUAUCUUGAUUGUAAUGAUCGAUUGAUGAAAAUUUAUCGUAUCCUUGUUUUUGCAUAUACUUUUCACGGUCAUGUAAUGUCUUUAAUUAAACUAAAUAUAGUUUUUCACUAA